GCUCCCUCUCGCGGCGGCCGCUCCGAGCGCAGGCGGGCGCUCCCGGGCCCGGCGCACGGCAGGGUCCGGCGGAGCCUGCGGGAGCGUCGGGAGCCCGGGGAGGGGCCGGGGUGGAGCCGGCGGACAGCCCUCAGCCCAGGGCACGGGCACCGGGACAGGGACAGGCAGGGACGAGCGCUCCGGGGGAAGAGGCAGAGCAGCCCUGCCCGCCGAGGUGAGCGGCGGCGAGGAGAGCGGCAUCGGGGACACGGCUGCUUCAAACGGGGACGCGUUCGCAGAGGAUCUGCCACCCACCCUCUCUGCUACCAGGCUCUAUGUGGGACGGAGCUGGCCAUGGAGAAGUUGUACUUGGCGGGGAGCAGCAUAUGGACCAUCAACAGCUCUCUGGGGAACGGCAGCCUCCGCAUGGAGAACCAGACCUCCGGGAGGAACAGUACCACAGACCCCCUGAAGAGGAACGAGGAGAUGGCCAAGGUAGAGGUGGCAGUCCUCUGCCUCAUCCUGUUCCUCGCCCUGACCGGCAAUCUGUGCGUGCUGCUCGCCAUCCACACCACCCAGCAGAAGCAGUCCCGCAUGUACUUCUUCAUGAAGCACUUGAGCAUCGCUGACCUGGUCGUGGCCAUCUUCCAGGUGCUGCCCCAGCUCAUCUGGGACAUCACGUUUAGGUUUUACGGGCCAGAUUUCCUUUGCCGGUUGAUCAAGUACUUGCAGGUAGUGGGGAUGUUUGCUUCCACCUACAUGCUCUUGCUGAUGUCCCUGGACCGGUGCUUGGCCAUCUGUCAGCCGCUGCGGUCUCUGCACAGGAGAGCAGACCGGGUCUCUGUUCUCCUCACCUGGCUGCUGUGCCUGCUGGUCAGCAUCCCACAGAUCCACAUAUUUUCUCUGAGGGAUGUAGGGAAUGGGGUUUACGACUGUUGGGCAGAUUUCAUCCAGCCCUGGGGAUCUAAAGCCUAUGUCACCUGGAUAACCCUGAUGGUCUACAUCAUCCCUGUGUUGAUGCUGAGCAUCUGCUAUGGCUUGAUCAGCUUCAAAAUCUGGCAGAACGUGAAGCUUAAGACAGCUCAUGGGCCCAGCAUGAGCUCCAGCUCCCACAGGGGGACAACAUUUGCCAGGGUCAGCAGCACCAGGCUCAUCUCCAAAGCCAAGAUCCGAACAGUCAAAAUGACCUUCAUCAUAGUGUUAGCUUUCAUAGUGUGCUGGACUCCCUUUUUCUUUGUGCAGAUGUGGUCUGUGUGGGACAUGAAUGCUCCGAAGGAAGCCUUACCCUUCAUCAUCGCCAUGCUCCUGGCCAGCCUCAACAGCUGCUGCAACCCCUGGAUCUACAUGCUGUACACAGGGCACCUCUUCCACGACCUGAUGCGGCGCUUCCUCUGCUGCUCCACACACUACCUGAAGUCACGGCCGGCUUGCGACCUGAGCGUCAGCAAGAAGAGCAACUCCUCCUCCUUCGUCCUCAGCUGCAAGAGCACGAGCCAGAGGAGCUUCAUGCAGCCAUCCGUGAUGUGAGGGCAUUGCCUUGUGCUGCCACCGUGCUGCCUUCCCUGUGGAAAGCUGGGAUUCGGACAAGCAAGGGUUUUCUAUAUAAAUAGGUGUAUACAUGUCUGUGUAAGCAUGUACAGGUAAUAUACAGAUAUAUCUUAUUUAACUGAGGCAGGAGUGAGGGGAGGAUUGCUGUUGUCCAGGUUUCAGUACUGCCUGGGACUGGACACCAGAAACCCACUUCCAAGCCCCCAAAUCACUGACACUGGUGGCUUUUAGAUACCACUGGGAAGAACAGGUUCUGCCCCAAGCUAUCCCACACUGCUGGGGCAGGUGUGCCAUCUUCCCAUCGGAUGCAAGGGGCAGGGUGAUAGAUGCCGCCCUGGCACACAGCGUUGGGCACUGCCCCACCUCCUCCUGCAGCAGGAACCCCACAGGAUGCCAGCAUCUGGCUGGGGCAGAGCAGCAGGCACCACGCUCUCAACACAGGUAUACUUGCUUUGCUUGAAGUAUUGUGUGGCAGAGGCAGCCCUCUCCCUGCAUCCCCGCAUCCUUGUAUUCCUGCAUCCCUGUGCAGUGCUGCUCGGGCUUGUCAGUGGCACUGCCGACACAGAGCAGAGCAGUCCUGCCAUCAUGGGUUAGGGGAGCAGUGGGGACAGGGCUGGGGACAAGCCUCCCACGGGGCAACAUUAACUCCUGGGUGCCCCUACCCUUGCCCAGCUCUGCCCCAUGUGCCUUGCUCCUGCAAGGCUGUGCAACGGGUCAGCAGGAGCCAGGGGAGCAGACACGACUGCAGGGCCAGGGGAUCUGUGCAAUAACAGGUUUGCUGAGUGUGCUCUAAAGCUUCUCUGAAGGGAGGCCUGUGGGAUUACAGCUGGACUCCAUGGGGUUUAACAGAGGAACUCCUGCAGAGACCCCUGAGGCUAAGCUUUUGCUUUGGAUUUACUGCAGAUUGCAUUUAGUCUUUUACACCAAUGCAGUUUUCUUGCUCUGUAAUGCACAAGGUCAUGCUUAUGGCAUGGAUUUUUUAUUGUUAAGAAAUACCUGUAAAUAAAGUUUUCUGACUGCGUCUUAA